UUAUCCAAAGUCAAAUGAGGCGUUUGUCUGAGAUUUCUAAGAUGUGAACGGCGCGGCGUUCCUGUAAUGAACACUGUCGACAUGUUGUAGUUCACACGAGUCGUAUUUGAACAUCCUUUCCACAGAUUUGCUGGUUCUUUUUUUUCGCAGUGGAGAAUUUGGGGUCGAAAGUGGAAGUGAAGAUAAAGCUCGGAAACGCGAGAUGUGCCGUCAUUUCUCCUGUUUCCGAGGUUAACUUCACCCCAUGACCCCGCAUAUUUGCAUUGAGGUCCACAUUCAGGUAUGCUACUGUACCUACAUCCAUUAUAUGUGGACUCUCAUCUUUUUUCUUUUCCUUCUCCUUUUCCUUUCCCUCCCAAUUCCGAGCUCACAUCUUUUUGUCGUCGGAUCAUGGAACUCCACCCUGCCUCCUUGGCAAUUGGAUCAAAUGGGUUGUAUCAUCAGAGCAAUGACUUGGAUCCACAUUCCCCGGAUAACUCGACUUCGAGAUCGAACCCGAGUCCGUCCAUGUCCAUGUCCCAUGUCACGGACCAAGCUUCAGGACUGAAGAGGAAGCGUCGAGGCUCAUCCAGGAUAUUGAAUAAGGAGGAGCGAAAGAAGGUUACGCGAGCAUGUGAUGCGUGCAAGAUGUGGGUCCUAUUCUGUAGUACGGUGUUUUGCAUUUCGUACUUUGAAUUGAGAAAGUUGCGCUGCACGGGAACCCAGCCGUGUAGUAGAUGUGACAAACAAGCGUUAUUGUGUGAAUACAAUGCAGAACAUAGGAGAGGAAGACCGCCGUCUCCAGGGCCGCCGACACUCGCCCAAGCAAACGACUCAUUCCUGUCGGUGUCGAUGCCAGUGGGAGACAACGGUCUGCACCGAAAAUCUUCAAGGAGCUAGCAGGAACCAGAGGAGGCUCGGAUCGAUGGCCACUAUAUCGGCCCAACGUCCUGCGUUGCAUUUCUUCAUCGAGCCCAAGGGAGGUUCAAGCAAGAUUUUGCUGCCACUCUCUCGAGUAGUAUCGACGGU